CAUGUGGCCCCAACGGGGCCGAGCGCGGCCCAGGCCAUUGUUCAAUUCGCAUUGACCGCCCCAACCAGCCUCCCCCACGAAGAAGCAAAGAUGAAAGCCGUCCCGGAACUCACGUACGAAGUCGAGCCCAAAGUGAUGGUGUUUGCGCUCAAGUUUCUCAACUCGGCGCCGAAAGAAAAGCUCAUUGCCGAGCUCGACCUGGCCGACGCGGUCGCAAACAAGAUCAUUGACCAGCGUGACUUUGGCGGGUACAAGAACCUGGACGACAUUUUUGAAAAGAAGCUCCUGCGCAAGAAGAAGUUCAACUCGUUCCGCGACCGCCUGCUUGCGUUUGCCAAGGACAACAAACCGUCUGACAAACCCGCUGACGACGACAACGCGGUCAACCCGAAGAAGGGCAAGAAGAAGGGCGGCGCCCCGGGCACCCAGUCCGAUGCCCUUCUCCUGCUGCAAAAGGCUGAAAAGCCCGUGUUUAAAGAGUCGGAGCCCCUGCGUCUCCGGUUUGGCUAUUUAUUGGCGCCACCCCCCAAGCCCAUCGACGUGGCGGACGUGGAGAUCGCCCAACCCAUCAGUGUAGCGUAGUAUUUACCAAGCCCAGGCGCUUAUAAGAAUGGUCGUUUUCUUCGA